CGACAACAGGUCAAUAAGAAUGAAACUUUUCUUCAUCGCCGUUCUCUGCCUUUGUGGCACCAACGCCGACAAGAUUAUUGGUGGUACUUCUGCCUCUAAUGGCCAGUUUCCGUCAAUUGUCUUCCAAGAAAAGAGCGGUUUAUUCUUCUGUGGCGGCACAUUAAUUGGACCCAACAAGAUCCUCUCAGCUGCUCACUGCGAUCAGAGCCUCUAUGCAUGGAGUGUAACUGCUGGAACCACAACCCGUGACGGUGGUGGAGUAACAAAAUCGGUUACAAGCAAAUUGGUACACAAUGCUUACAACUCCAACACAGCCGAAAAUGAUAUCAUGCUCCUGUAUACUGGAACAUCAUUCACCAUUAGUUCAACCAUUAAUACAGCAUCAUUAGCAAUUUCUUCACCCUCUGCUGGAACUGGCAUUACUGUUGCUGGAUGGGGAGAUACCAAUUCUGGCUUCAUUCAAAAUCUUGCAAACAACUUACAAUAUGUGAAUGUGGCGGUCAUUUCUACAAGUGAUUGCAAUGCUAGUGAAUCAUACAAUGGUGACGUUUUAACUGGAAUGAUCUGUAUGGGAAAUAUGGCUGGCGGAGAAGACUCCUGUCAGGGUGACUCCGGUGGACCUGCCUACAUUCAAGGAACUACGACCGUUGCAGGAAUUACCUCGUGGGGCUAUGGAUGCGCUCAGGCCAAUAAACCAGGUGUCUACACUGAUGUAGCAUACUUCAGAUCAUGGAUAACCAGCAACUAGAAAUGAUGUGAUUAAACAUACUCGCAAUUCUUAUUUGCUCUGAGUCUAAUUUUAAUCAAUAAAUAUU